AUGUCGAAGGCUGUAAUUAUACCGGAGUGUAAUAAGGAUAUUGGGGGUAUGAAAGAGGAGAUAUCUUUGUCUCCUACUGAGAAACGAGAUGGGGCAAUUGGUGGUUUGUUUAGUAGACUGCUGCGACUGGAUACAUUGAGCAAGAAGAGUAGUUCGCCCGAGAGCCCAACCUCCGUGGAACCGCCUAUCACCUACUACGGAGUUUAUAUACCUAGUGAAAUUAAAAAGGGACCAGAUGAAGAAGCGCUGCAUGUUUACAAGAAUAAGUCGGAAGCUCUCGAGCUGGUGCGAAGAUACAAGUCUGCGAGGUUCAAGGCGUUCAGAAACCGACAGGAUGCUGUGUCGUUUGCGCUGCGGGGAGCGGAACCCACUGACAAUACCGACGGCAACGAUAGCUCGAUCAUGGGAGAGAAGCCUUACCCAUUCAAGGCGCCUUCUCCCCAGGAUAUGGUGGCGCUCAGGAAGGCCAUAGAAGCUGGUCUGGCUACCACCGUGAGAGAUAGAGUGUGGGACAACCCGAGGUUUCUAGUCAGCAGUGGGAACACACCCGCUAUUAUGCAGGAAGGAUCUCGUUACAACGCAUUGCAUAUAGCGGCUAAGGCGAUGAACGCGGAGAUCUGCAAUUUAAUAUUGACGACGGUCGGCAACCCGAUGUUUGUUCAGACCUUAUACGGCAUGGAUGCUGACCCCGAGUCGUGUAAGGAGUUUGCAAGUAUUUUAGUAGACCGCUACCUGAAUACUCCGGACAAGGCAAUCAACGAGACUCCUCUGCACUUCGCGGCCAAGUUCGGCGCCGAACAAGUGGUGGACGUGCUCACUGCCUUCCCGCAAUGUAACCGCACUGCUGUUAAUAAGUACGGGGAACAGCCUAAGGAUAUUAUCUGCAAACGGGCAUCAAACAGCGAGGCGGGCGUGGCGAGUCGCAUAGCGUGUAUGUUGCAGGAACGUUACUAUGUACCUGUACUACAUACUGAAGACGGAAGCGGCGUGCCGACUAUAGGGAAGGCUUUUACACCGGCCGUACCACCCGAUAUAAACCGCGAUCCCUUAAGUCCUCGCUACGAGAUCCGUGCGUACGCGGGUCCCAUGGAAGCUCGUGCAGCGGAGCUGUUCCGCCGGCGUUGGAAGACCCCGCCGCGCGCGAGCACGGGCCCGCCCCGCCUGCUGCACGAGGGCCCGGCGCCCCGUUUGCUGCACGACCAUAGCCCUGCGCCGCCGCCCAGCCCCAGCGCCAAACCACACACGUUUAGACUUAAGGAGAUUACUAAGGGAUUAGAAACUGUUGGCAGGAGUUUAGCGGAACAAAUGAAAGUGGGUUGGAAGGAAUAUUGGCCGUUUUUAGACACGUUCACAGACCUGAGAACACCGGAAGGUCUGACGUUACUCGAGAAUUACCUCAAGAGUAAAUAUGACAGCGCGUGUUCGUUCGCGUAUAGUGAUAGUUGUGCCCAAUCUCAUGUGCCUGAAGACCUCUCACUGUCCAGAAUUAGUCUCUCCAUAUCCCAGCAAAGUCCUUCAAAGGAUUCCACGCUAAGCCCUAUGUCGGAGCUCUGUGUUGCCAUGAAAUCCUGUAAAAUAACAAAUGAAAGACCAGCGCAUUGGAGGAAAACUGACCCUUUAAGACAAAGGUUAUGUCGACAACCGGGACCUAAAACGUUGAAUGGAGAUACUCCGGUAGUUAACCAUACAGUCAGUCAGUUGUUAUGUAUAGAGCGCACGUGCCAAGUAUUUGCUAAAAGAAUAGCUGAUGCGCUAACAUUUUCUCUCAACGCCGAGCCUGAAACCGCCGGCGACGCGCUCAAGUCCGAGUCCAAACACCUUCAACAUACAAUCUUCACGUACAUGGACGACGAGCGAUUUCAAAAGAUAGACUUUGCCUUAAUACAUUCUAGACUAGCACAGUUAGUUGUAUACAAACUAAAACAGCAAACAAGUGACUUAGACGACAUUAACCAUUUAUUGGAGUUCCUUGUGAAACUCCGUUGUCCGAAUGACGACAUAUUUAGCUCAGACGAUGAAAGGAAACCGAAUUAUAGAGGUCCUAGUCGGGUGAAAAUGACCCAUGUGAUAGACGGCCAUGUUAGAUGCUUAACUAGUUUUAUAUGCGAAGAGUUGACGGAAGCUGAAGUGCUAAAGGCUCCGGCAAUGUCUGAGAUUGAGUGUACGGAGUUGUGGCAGAAAGCGUCGAAGUGUCGGUGCGAUUGGAAGAUCGAGGUGUUCGAGCGAAACAGCAAGAAGAACGCGUCGUUUAGGAAGAAUAGAUCUAUACUGUCUACUAGUCCGAAGAGCGAGAGUUUUAUUAGAAGACUGACUUUUGAUCAAGAUAUUGGUGACGGCAAACUGCAACAUAGCGAGAUCUCUCGAGUAGUGAGCGUCAACUCCCCCGCGGGCGACAGUGGCGCCCCCACCGCGCUCUACACGCUCGACACCAACAAGUGCCAGGUGCUUCCCGCUGAGAUAUCGGACGAUGAAUCAGUAGCGUCGUGCAACUCUGAUAUCGAUGAUGAGGACUUUCAUACUGCGUCUGAACACUCUGAGAAGGAGGACGAUGACAUGGAAGAAGCCAGCGCCGCGGCCAUAGCGGAGCCUUUCAUAUACGGUGAGGAGCCGUCGAAGAUGGACCGGCUAGUGUACGACGCGCUGCAGUCCACCACUAUAUCCGCCGACCAGUACCCUAACGUGUAUCGCUGGAGACACCACGUGGCGCUCUACCCGCCUGAGCAGAGAGACAAAUGGUUGCCAGCUCCGUCAAUAGAGGACAGUAUGUGUGUGAGCAUGUCCCUGGGUACGGCGAGCCCGGGCUUCGUCAACAGCCCGGGGCCGGCGAGCUGCUCCACUGUGGCCAGUAGUCCGGCGUCACGACCCGGCCGCAGCGCCGCGCGGUGCUCUACACCUUGCAGGGAUAGAGAUUCUGCUAGAGCGCCUCCACUACAGGUGUCGACCUGGCUCCGUGUGACGGGCCCCAACUCCCCUCGGUCCGCGCUGGCAGUGAAGAACGCGAACCACAACGUCAGCUUCGGUUUCUGA